AUCCUUUCUAUAAUUUCUUUGUAAUAAAGGCUUUUGUUGAGCCCCAAUCAGAACGAAAAUAUUGUCCUUCUGGUUAAGGCUACCAUCCCCUCUCCCACUUUCAUUUGACCCCAAUCAUGGGGAAUUGUUGCUCUUGUGGCAGCUCCGUCGAAGAUGCCAAUGAAAAGGGAGACACCAUCACGGCGGAAGAAGCCAAGAGUCCUAGCGGUUCCAAGCAGGACUCAUCACCAAGGAAUAAUACAGCCUCCCCAGCAGACUCCUCCAAGCCAUCCAAGUCUUCCCCAAUCGGACCCGUCUUAGGCCGCCGAAUGGAAGACAUUACAGCCACCUACAACAUUGGGAAGGAAUUGGGUAGGGGACAGUUUGGGGUCACACAUUUAUGUACUUGCAAGCAAACCAGGGAACAAUUCGCUUGCAAGACCAUUGCCAAGAGGAAACUUGCUAACAAAGAGGACAUCGAGGAUGUUAGAAGGGAAGUACAAAUCAUGCAUCAUUUGACAGGCCAGGCUAACAUUGUGGAACUCAAGGGAGCUUAUGAGGAUAAUCAUUCGGUUUAUUUGGUUAUGGAGUUAUGCGCCGGAGGCGAGCUAUUCGAUCGGAUCAUUGCUAAGGGCCAUUACACCGAGCGUGCUGCUGCUUCUUUGCUUCGAACAAUCGUUCAAGUUGUGCACACAUGCCAUUCCAUGGGUGUCAUCCACAGGGAUCUGAAGCCUGAGAAUUUCCUAUUGUCGAACAAAGACGAAAAUUCCCCCUUGAAGGCGACAGAUUUUGGUCUAUCAGUCUUUUACAAGCCAGGUGAAGAAUUUAGAGAUAUUGUUGGUAGUGCAUAUUAUAUAGCACCUGAAGUCCUAAAGAGGAGAUAUGGACCUGAAGCUGAUAUAUGGAGUAUUGGUGUUAUGUUGUAUAUUCUUCUAUCUGGUGUUCCCCCUUUCUGGGCAGAAUCCGAAAAUGGAAUAUUCAAUGCAGUUCUACGUGGCCAUGUUGAUUUCUCGACUGCUCCAUGGCCUUCAAUUUCAGCUCAAGCCAAGGAUCUUGUUAAGAAGAUGUUAACUGUGGAUCCCAAGCAGAGGUUAACAGCAGUCCAGGUUCUAAAACAUCCAUGGAUCAAAGUGGAUGGUGAAGCACCUGAUACACCUCUUGACAACGCAGUGCUAAGCAGGCUCAAACAAUUUAAAGCAAUGAAUCAGUUCAAGAAAGUUGCUUUAAGGGUCAUUGCGGGCUGUUUAUCAGAGGAAGAAAUCAUGGGAUUGAAGGAGAUGUUCAAGGGCAUGGAUACUGACAAUAGUGGAACAAUUACACUAGAAGAAUUGAGGCAAGGUCUCGCUAAGCAAGGAACAAAACUCUCUGAAUAUGAAGUUAAACAACUAAUGGAAGCGGCUGAUGCAGAUGGAAAUGGAACUAUAGACUACGACGAGUUCAUUACGGCCACAAUGCAUAUGAAUCGAAUGGAUCGAGAAGAGCAUCUCUACCAUGCCUUCCAACACUUUGAUAAAGACAAUAGCGGAUUCAUCACCAUUGAAGAACUAGAGCAAGCUCUACGUGAAUAUGGCAUGCAUGAUGGCAGAGACCUAAAGGAAAUCAUUUCCGAAGUUGAUAUUGAUAACGAUGGAAAGAUCAAUUAUGACGAAUUUGUUGCUAUGAUGAGAAAAGGAAACCCAAAGAGGCGGCGUGAUGAUAUUUUCCUUUGAUUACUUUUUAUGAUCGAACAACUUGCAUCAUAUGAAGAAGACGCAAAUUUUGUACAUAUAUAAUCUAGAAAAGAUGCAGAGAGGAAUUGAGGAGAUGGCUAAAAUUAUUUUAGGAAAAGAAAAGAUAUGGUUUAGUUGCUUUUCUCUCUUUUUUUUUUUUUUUUUUUCAACAUUGUAACUUGCUUACUAGUAUGUUUAGGAAAAUGGAGGACAAAUUUCUGGGAAUUUUUUAAAUUAUGUUUGGCAAUAUAAGAGAUUAUAAAAUGGAGUGUAUAUAUAUCAUUGAUCGGCUUUUUGAAAUCAAAAGUUAACAACUUGAUU